UCCUUGUUCUUUGUUCACUUUACUCUUUUUGUGGAAGUGAAGUGAGUGUUUGAGUUUGAGGAUAACAGUAAAAGGGUUUUUUUUUUUAUUCUACAUAAAUAGAUAUUCAGUAUCAGUCGUAAAACUACAAAAUGCCUUACCAAGUUUAUUUUGAAAACCGUUAUUUUGGCCAAUUUAACUCUGAAUCCGUAUUUACGUUAAAAGAAGCUAUUUCGCAAGAGUAUGGAGUUCCACUACACGAUUUGUCUGCGACUAUUAAUGGGAAGCUUGUUUCGGACGACUUCGAGUUGAGAACAUUUCAAAAUGUGAUCAGAGUGUGUCCUCGACUAAAAGGUGGUAAAGGAGGCUUUGGAUCUAUGCUUCGUGCAAUAGGAGCUCAAAUCGAGAAAACGACAAAUCGUGAAGCUUGUCGUGACUUAUCUGGACGUCGUUUACGUGAUAUAAAUGAAGAAAAAAGGUUGAGAAAAUGGUUAGAAGGCCAGGAGGAGAGGGAAAGGGAGGCUGCAGAUCGGAAACAAAAGAAGAUUGAGAGAUUACUAGCAGAGCCCAAAAUUGAUGUUAAUUUGAAUCCUGUGUAUGAAAAAGUACGUCAAGAGCUGCCAGAAAGAGUGAGUGCUGCGGUGGAUGCUGGAUGGCAAGCUGCUGGCUCUAGCAACAGUGAGACUGGUGUAAAACGGAAAGGAAGUGAUGACAAGCCCAUUGGAAAGAAAAAAGCUAAAUUAUGGAUAGAUGCAGAGCUGUCAGACUGCUCAUCAUUAAGCGAAGAUGAAGAUGAAGAAGAAAAAGUGAAUACGGCACAAAUAAUAUCAACCGACAGUGGGAAUGAAUCUGAUAGAACUUCAGAAUCUAGCAAUCGUGUAUAAAUAAUGAGAUGUCUAAUUGAAAUUU